ACACAGCAAGAGAGUUUGGGUCAACCUAUGUGAAACUUUCCUCUGCCAUUCAAAUCAACUCAGAGCCGCGCGAGAGGACAGCGCUGACCCCACACGCGCGCGGUACGAUAUCAAACUUUUUGGACGAAAUGGAGCGAGUCCGGCUCGUGCUUCUGACCGCGUUGCUAUGGCAAUGCUGCCAUGCCCAGCAGAGAGGACUAUUCCCGGCUGUGUUGAACCUGGCAUCCAUGGCGGAUAUAACAGCUAAUGCUACCUGUGGUUCAUCGGGUCCAGAGAUGUUCUGUAAGCUGGUGGAACAUGUACCAGGCCAGCCUGUUAGAAACCCUCAGUGUCGAAUCUGCAACCAAAGGAGUACAAAACCAUUUGAGAAUCAUCCCAUAGAGUAUGCUAUAGAUGGGACCAAUCGUUGGUGGCAAAGUCCCUCUAUCAAGAAUGGAAUGGAGUACCACUAUGUGACUAUCACACUGGACUUGAAACAGGUUUUCCAGAUCGCUUAUGUGAUCGUAAAGGCAGCCAACUCACCUCGCCCAGGUAACUGGAUCUUAGAGCGUUCAAUAGAUGGUGUGACCUUUGAACCCUGGCAGUACUACGCCAUCACAGACACAGAGUGCCUGACAAGGUUCAACAUUAAUCCACGGACAGGACAUCCAUCCUACACCAGAGAUGAUGAAGUUAUCUGCACAUCUUUUUAUUCAAAGAUUCACCCUCUGGAGAACGGAGAGAUCCACGCGUCUUUGAUCAAUGGCCGUCCUAGUGCAGAUGACCCCUCCCCGACCCUGCUGAACUUCACCUCCGCUCGUUACAUCAGGUUGGUGUUUCAGCGAAUAAGAACGUUGAACGCCGACCUCAUGACUCUGACACUCCGUGACCCCAGAGAUAUCGAUCCCAUUGUGACGAGACGGUACUACUAUUCCAUUAAGGACAUAUCAGUUGGAGGGAUGUGUAUCUGUUACGGCCACGCCAAAGCCUGUCCACUCAACGCUGUUACAAAGAAGUUUAGCUGUGAAUGUGAACACAACACAUGCGGGGAGAGCUGUGAUCGCUGUUGCCCUGGUUACCACCAGCAGCCCUGGAUGGCAGGAACCUUCAACACUCGACAUGUCUGUGAGAAGUGUAACUGCCAUGGUAAGGCAGAGGAGUGCUACUUUAAUCAGACCGUAGCAGACCUGUCUCUCAGCCUGGACACCCGUGGUCAAAACAGAGGGGGUGGAGUCUGUAUUGGUUGCCGUGACAACACAGCUGGAAUCAACUGUCAGACAUGCGUUGCUGGAUUCUACAGACCUACUGGGGUGAGCGCUGAGGAGGAGAACCCCUGCAUCCCCUGCUCAUGUGCCUCACAUGGUUCUAUCAGCCAAUCAUGUGUCGCUGAUUCAAGCCAGGCUACGCCCAGCCAGCCAGCAGGGUCAUGCCUGUGUAAGGAGGGUUUUGGGGGUCUGCGAUGUGACAGGUGUGCUGUUGGUUAUAUGGGCUACCCAUCCUGCCAGCGCUGUAACUGCAGUGUGGAAGGAAGCACCAACGAUGACCCAUGUAUAACGCCCUGCGUGUGCAAGGAAAAUGUGGAGGGAGAAAAUUGCGACCGCUGUAAAGUGGGAUUCUACAAUCUUCAAGGUGACAAUCGACGUGGCUGUGAAAAGUGCUCCUGUAUGGGCGUUGCCAGUCAGUGCUCUGCCUCCACAUGGACCUAUCAGAAUGAGACCACUCUGACAGGCUGGCACCUGGUUGGAGAUACAGGAGGAAGAGUGUGGUCUGUUCACAGACAGACACCUCCAUAUCUGAGCGUCCGACACUCAGACGUUGUGAAUGAUCUUGGCUCCGCCUACUAUUGGAACGCACCUGGACUAUACCUGGGAAACAAGCUUUCAGCCUAUGGAGGGAGUGUGGUUUACACUGUGUCUUAUACUACAGACCAACAAGAACAAAUGGCCAUUAGAGUCACCUCAGAACCUGACCUAAUCAUAGAGGGAGGCGGGAUCAAGAUUAUUGACAGAAGGUUUGGCCAGCCGGUGUACCCGUCCUCGCCAAGCACCAAAAACACUGCUCUCCUUCCUGAGAACUUCCUGGUUUCAGAGAGCGCGCAGCCAAUUAGUCGGAGGGAUUUCUUGUCAGUGUUAGCCAGUGUGACCAGAGUGAUGGUCCGAGCCUCUUAUAGCACAGAACCCAGCGCUGUGUACAGACUCCUCUCAUUCACAAUGCAGGUAGCUAAUCCCUCUGCAAGAGGAGAGAGAAGAGCAUCAGCUGUAGAAAUCUGCUCUUGUCCUCCUGGAUAUGCUGGAAAUUCAUGUGAGGCGUGUAUUCCUGGUUUUCGGAGGGUUAAUGGGAAUCUGUAUAAUGGUGUGUGUGAAGCUUGUCAUUGCCACAGACACGCUACACAAUGCCACGAGAUCACAGGACACUGCCUGGACUGCUCCCACCACACAACAGGCCCCCACUGUGACACCUGCGUACCUGGUUACUAUGGCAAUGCCACCCGUGGGUCACCUGCGGACUGUCACCCCUGCACCUGCCCGCUCAAUCUUCCUAGCAACAAUUUUAGCCCCACCUGCCACCUAGGUGAAGAAGGGGAGUUGCUGUGCGACCAGUGUCAGACUGGAUACACAGGACCACGAUGUGACAGAUGUUCCAAUGGAUACUACGGCCAGCCCACUGUGCCAGGGAAGUCCUGCCAGCCCUGUGAUUGCCAUGGCAACCUGGACCUAUCCAUACCUGGCAGCUGUGAUCCAAUCACAGGCCAGUGUCUGCGCUGUCGCCAAGGCUAUGGCAGCGCAACUUGCGACAGUUGCGCUGAAGGUUACUAUGGAGACGCCAUCACAGCAAAAAACUGCCAACCCUGUCAGUGCCAUACUAAUGGCUCUGUAUCUGAGGUCUGCAAUAAGGAGACUGGACAGUGCCAGUGCAGAGGAAAUGUGGUUGGACGACAGUGUGACGAGUGCAUGCCUAACUGCUGGUGGGAUGCUGAGCGUCAGGAGUGUAUGCCCUGUCGCUGCAGCCCUCACGGCUCCAUUUCUCAGCGCUGUGAUGUCGAGGGCCGCUGCAUCUGUCGCCCCGGUUUUGUGGGCCGGCGCUGCGAUUUGCGUCGCCAGGGUUACGAGAGGCGGGAGACACGGAGGCCGGUGGAGCGCCUUCCCAUGGAAGCCGUGCAGCAGAGAUGGGGGGGGUCGUCCCGCACGGGGGGUUGUCCAAGGGGGGCAUACAGGCCUAAGACAGGGCCUCAGACCCACGGCAUUACCACAGGUGGAGUGUGUGUCCCCUGUCACUGUAACUCGUUUGGUUCUAAGUCGUUUGACUGUGAUGAAACCGGUCAGUGUCGGUGUCAGCCAGGCGUCAGCGGACCCAAAUGUGACCGUUGCUCACAAGGAUUUUUCAACUUCCAGGAGGGCGGCUGCACACCUUGUCAGUGCAGUCAUGUGGGGAAUAACUGUAAUGCCAACACAGGACAGUGUAUCUGUUCUCCGAACACUAUUGGUGAGAGGUGCGACCGCUGUGCUCCCAACCACUGGGGCCACGAUAUUGUAACUGGAUGCAAGGAGUGUGGCUGCAGUGUGAUCGGCUCAGUCACCCAGCAGUGUAACGUCAACACAGGCUGCUGCUUCUGUCGCGACUCCUUCAGAGGAGAGAAAUGCAAUGAAUGUCAAAUUGGAUACAGAGACUUUCCUCAGUGCACCCAGUGCGAGUGUAACUUCUCAGGAUCGGACAGCCAGACCUGCGACCUGGAGAGAGAAGUUUGUGCCUGCGCAGAUCGAACGGGAAAGUGUAGCUGCAAGGCAAAUGUGGAAGGAGACAACUGUGACCGCUGCAAGCCUGACACGUUUGGGUUGUCUGUACGAAACCCACUUGGCUGCAGCAAGUGUUACUGUUACGGACUUACACAGUCCUGCACAGAGGCACAAGGACUCAUCAGGAUGUGGUUAACGCUGAAGCCAGAGCAGACGGUGCUCCCACUAGUGGAUAAAUCCAAUGCUGUGGAGACAAGGAGAGGAGUGAGCUUCCAGCACCCUGAGAUCCUCGCUCAUGCAGAGCUGGUCACCUCGACUCUCUCUGAACCCUACUACUGGAAACUGCCAGAGCAGUUUAGAGGCUCUAUGAUCACAGCAUACGGUGGGCAGUUGAAAUAUGCAGUGUACUACGAGGCCAGAGACGAAACUGGUCCUUCCUCCUAUGAGCCUCAGGUCAUCAUCAAGGGCGGUCCUAACCGCAAUGUCUUAAUGACACGCCACAUACCAGGACUCCAGAUUGGUCAGCUCACCCGCCACGAGAUCGACAUGACAGAGCAUGAGUGGAAGUAUGCAGAUGGUCGGUCUAUGACUCGUGAGGACUUCAUGGACAUUUUGUUCUAUGUGGACUACAUCCUAAUUAAGGCAUCGCACGGCAACUUGAUGAGACACAGCCGUAUUUCAGAAAUCAGUCUAACAGUGGCCGAGGAAGGCAGACCAACCAAAGAGAGUGAGAAAGCACAUCAGAUAGAAAAGUGUGAUUGUCCAAUCGGAUACUCUGGACUUUCCUGUGAGGAGUGUGCUGCAGGUUUCUACCGUCUUCGCGCCGGUUCCCUAGCAUCUGCUCCAGCGUCCAGAGUGCCCACCGCUGCCGGCAUGGGCAGCUGUGUUCAGUGCCAAUGCAGUGGGCACUCUUCCACCUGUGACCCUGAGACAUCCAUAUGCCAGAACUGUCAAGACAACACAGAGGGUGAUCGGUGUGAACGCUGCGCUCCGGGAUUCUACGGUGUGGUCCGAGGUUUCCAUGACGACUGUAAACCCUGCGCUUGUCCCCUCACCAACCUAGAGAACAAUUUCAGUCCAGCCUGUGUAGCGGAGGGAUUCGAUGAUUACAGAUGUACCGCCUGUCCUGAGGGAUAUGAGGGCAAACACUGUGAGAGGUGUGCUACUGGUUACCAUGGUAACCCGCAGAUGCCGGGCGGCCGCUGCGAGGAGUGUAAGUGUUCCUUGUGGGGGGCAUUGCCUGGACCAUGUGACCCUGUCACAGGCCAAUGCCGCUGCAGGGUCGGGGCAUCGGGAAAGUCGUGUGACCAGUGCAUGGACAGGCAUGUGUGUGGACCAUCUGGGAUCAUCUCCUGUGAUGAUGAGUGCUCGGGUCUGUUGAUCAGUGAUAUGGAUCGCCUGUAUCGCAUCAUCACUGAUGUUACCCUGACCACACCCCUCCCACCGCCUUAUAAAGUGUUAUACCACUUCGAGAACAUGACAGAGGAAGUCAAGCACAUGCUGUCACCUCAGAAAGCUCCGGAGAGAUUACUGCAACUGGCCGACUCCAACCUGGGAUCACUCGUCGUUGAGAUGGACCAGCUACACAGCAGGGCCACUAAGGUGUCUGCUGACGGCGAGCAGGUUGAGGAUGAUGCUGACAGGAUUCAUAAACGAGCUGAGGACCUGGAGCAGUUCAUCAGGGAUACACUGCUGGGAGCUAAAGAUCUCCAGUUGAAGGCUGCCGAGUUGAACCAGACUUUCUCGCGGAGAGAUGGAACUCCAGACAAAAGCCUGAAGGAGAUGAAAGAGGAGAUCCAGGCCAUGCUAGCCGAGAUGAGAAAACGACAGCUGGGAGGGCAGAAGAGCAUCGCCGAGGAGGAGAUGGACCUAGCAGAGGAGUUGUAUCAGAAAGUGAAGAGAUUAUUUGGCGACCCCCAUCAGGCCACAGAAGACCUGAAAGCAGAGAUAAAAGAGAAGCUCUCAGACCAUGAAGGGAAGCUCCAGGAGGCCCAGGAUCUACUCCACUCUGCCCAGGGAAAAAUGAGGCAGGCUGGCUCACUGGCUGAACAAAACCAAGCUAACCUCACAGCCCUGGAGAGGAAGCGCUCUGCAGUGAGCGGAGUGAAACAGGAAGCACAGGAUGUCCUUGGUGAAGGAGAACGUCUACUGGAGGAGGCAAACCAGCUUUCUGACAACAUCAACAAGGAGAUGGAGGACUUGGAGGAGAUGGAAAGGGAUCUGGAUCCUCUUCAUGUCCAGCUGGAUGAUAAAGUCAGUCGCCUCACCAAUGGUUUAAGUGACGGCAGCCUGGCUAAUCACGUCCACGAUGCAGAGGAACAUGCCAAGCAGCUGAAUGAAUCUGCUGCCAUUUUGGAUGGUAUUUUGGCUGAAGCUAAAAAUCUUUCCUUCAAUGCAACAGCUGCCUUCAAGGCCUAUAGCAACAUUAAAGCAAAUGUCGAUGCAGCGGAGAAAGAGGCAAAGGCAGCCAAACAGAGGGCAAGUGAGGCACUGGCACUGGCUUUAGGUCCAGAGGUCCCAGUAAAGGAAGCAGCUCAAGGUGCCCUUCAGAAGAGUCACAAACUGCUAAACCAAGCUAAACAACUUCAAAAUGAUGUCAAAGAGGAUGCAGAUAGUGUGGCCAGGCUGAAGGGCAGAGUUAAAGCAGCGAGAGACAAAACCAAAGACCUGCUGAAAGCUGUCAAUGGAACCAUGGCAACGCUCAAAGCUAUCCCCAAUGACACAGCAGCUAAGCUAGCAGCCACAAAAGCUAUAGCAGCAGAUGCUAACGCCACGGCCAUAGACGUCCUGGAGCGCCUUGGGGAUUUGAACCUACGACUCCAUGGCCUACACGCAAACUACAGCGAGCUUGAGGACACUGUCAAUGCAGCCAAUCAGAUGAUCCAGGACCCUGAGAAAAACACCAUCAUCCACGCUGCAGGAGCUAAAGUGAAGGAUUUAGAGGAUGAAGCUGACAGGCUGUUGGAGAAGCUGGAGCCAAUCAAAAAGCUGCAGGACAAUUUGAGGCGAAACAUAUCGCAAAUCAAGGAACUGAUCAACCAAGCCAGGAAACAAGCUAACUCAAUCAAAGUAUCAGUGUCAUCAGGUGGUGACUGUCUCCGUAGUUACCGCCCCGAUAUCAGGAAGGGGAGGUACAACACCAUUGUCCUUCAUGUUAAAACCACCACACCUGAUAACCUGCUGUUCUACCUGGGAUCAGCCAAAUAUGUCGAUUUCCUGGCCUUGGAGAUGCGUAAGGGGAAGGUGAAUUUCCUUUGGGACGUGGGUUCAGGUGUUGGGAGGGUCGAAUAUCCCCAUCACGCCAUCCAUGAUGGGAACUGGCACAGAAUAGAAGCAUCUCGUAAUGGGUUGAAUGGCACCAUAUCAGUAUAUCCUCUGGAAGGCUCUAUGGCUGGUAUGAUGCCGACCCCGGCCAGUGCCAACUCGCCCACAGCCUACACCAUUUUGGACGUCGACCAGAACGCCUACCUGUUUGUAGGAGGAAUACUCGGCACUGUCAAGAAAGCAGAUGCAGUAAGAACAACAACGUUCACAGGAUGCAUGGGGGAGACCUUCUUGGAUGGUAAACCUAUUGGACUGUGGAACUACAGAGAGAGACAGGGAGACUGUAAAGGAUGUGUUGUCAGCCCCCAGCGUUCAGAUGGUGAGGGUACAGUUCAGCUGGAUGGCGAAGGCUACGCCGCAGUGGGACGACCAACCAGGUGGAACCCCAAUGUUUCCACCAUAACCUUUAAGUUCCGCACAUUCUCCUCCGAAGCCCUGCUCAUGUAUUUGGCUACUGAAGAUAUGAAGGACUUCAUGUCCCUGGAGCUAUCAGAGGGCAAGGUGAAGGUGAACUUUGACCUUGGGUCAGGAGUUGGCCAUGCCAUAUCAGAUAGCCGCCACAAUGAUGGACACUGGAAAUCCCUCACCAUGUCACGGAACAAGAAACAAGCCACGGUGACCGUAGUGGAUAUAGACAGCAGUGCUGAGGAGAAGAUAGUGGCCACAUCUCAAGGUUCAGCUACUGGUCUGAACCUCAAGGACACCCAGAAGAUCUAUUUUGGAGGGCUGCCUACUAUUGGAAACUACAGGCCAGAGGUCACACUGAAGCGAUAUGCUGGCUGUCUUCGGGAGAUUGAAGUCUCCAGGACUCCAUUUAAUCUCCUCAGCAGUUCAGAUUAUACUGGGGUCACUAAAGGAUGUAAUGUAGAGAACCUGUACACAGUCAGUUUCUCUAAGCCAGGAUACAUGGAGCUGGUUGGCCUGUCCCUGGCGGUCGACACAGAGAUCAGCCUGUCGUUCAGCACUCUGGCUGACACUGGGACCAUAUUGCUGGCCGUAGGUGGACCUUCACCCAUCAGCCAGCAGGCCCGGAACACAAACCUCUUGAACUCCAAGCGGAGACGCAGACAGUCUGGAGAGCCCUACCUCUCAGUCAUGCUGAACAAAGGCUCUCUGGAGGUCUUGCUGUUUACCGGCAACCACAGUCCGCGUCGUGUUAUCAGACGACCUGAGCAAGGCAUACUGAAUGAUGGGAGGGAGCACUCACUGCGCAUAGAGAGGCUACCUGGCAGAUCUUUUGCAGUUCAGGUGGACGAGGAGGCCAAGAGGGAGGCAGCGCUUCCCAACGACCAGCCAGUGAGCUUGCAGCGUAUCUUCCUUGGUGGUAUUCCUGCAGAAGUAGAGCAGACAUCCAACAGAGCCAACGUCCCAUUUCAGGGAUGUAUAUGGAACCUCAUGGUCAACGCUGUUCUCUCAGAUUUUGCCCAGCCUGUGUCCUUUGAGAAUGCUGAAAUCGGCCAGUGUCCAAACCUCGCCCCUCUGCCACCUCCACCUCUUCUGCCGGAAGAGGAGGAGCCUGAGCCACACAGUCCUCCACUGACUCCAACCCCCGUUGCACCACCUCCAGGUCCUCCCGCUGAGGCCACGCCCCCUGCCGCACCUGCUACCACACCUACUGCUGCUGCAGCCCCGCCCACUGCUAAACAGGAGCCCAGCAUUGACAUGGAUUCAUGUGCAUCAGCUGUGGCCCCGACAGCGCUCGAGAAGGCAUAUCAAUUUGGACUGACCAGGAACAGCCACAUGAGCUUUGCCUUUGAUGACACCAAAGUCAGAGAGAGGCUAAUAUUGGAGUUUGAGCUGAGGACGAAGGAAGAGUCUGGUCUCGUUCUCUACAUGGCAAGAAUCAACCAUGCUGACUUUGUUUCCAUACAGAUCAAGGAUGGACAGGUUUGUCUGGGUUAUGAUCUUGGUCAUGGAAACAUUUCUGGCUGCGUCCCCUUCUCCAUUAAUGAUGGGAACUGGCACAAGAUCCGUGUGAGUCGUAACAAACAGAGAGGUAUACUUAUGGUUGAUGGGCGAUACAGUAAACAGAUGAUCAGUCCAAAGAAGGCAGACCUGUUAGACGUGGUGGGAGUGCUGUAUGUUGGUGGAUUACCCAAAAACUACACCUCCAAGAGAAUAGGACCGAUUCUCUACAGUAUCAAUGGCUGUAUCCGUAACUUUAAGAUGGUGGGAGGUCCUGUAAGCACGAAGGCUGCCGCCACAGGUCGCUCUGAGGCCGUCAUUGAGGACUUUAAAUUGAACAUGGCCACACCCACCUCUAGUCACAUGGUAGGAAGAUGCUUUGUAGCUACUGAGACAGGCACCUAUUUUGACGGCACUGGCUUCCUGAAAGCAGUGUCUUCUUACAGAGUGGGUCUGGAUGUGUCAAUUGCAUUAGAGUUCAGAACCAGUAGAACCAAUGGAGUGCUUUUGGCCAUCAGUAAUCAAGCCAACGAUGGACUUGGACUAGAGAUUGUCCAGGGCAAGCUGCUCUUCCACGUUGACAAUGGAGCUGGACGAAUCACAGCGGAGCACAUGCCUGAGGGGGAGGGCUUCUGUGAUGGCCAGUGGCAUUCUGUCACUGCCAACAAGCUUCGCCACAGGGUGGAGCUGGUGGUCGACGGGAAGCAGAGUCAAGCAGAGAGUCCUAACGCACGCUCCAACACAUGUGACACCAACGACCCCAUCUAUGUCGGAGGAUAUCCUGAUGGAGUUCGUCAGGCAGUUCUCUCUACCAGCACUUCCUUCAGAGGUUGUUUGAGGAACCUAAAGAUCACCAAGGCUUCUACAACCAUGGAUGUGCACUUCAACAAGGCUCUAGAGAUUAAAGGGGUCCAGCCUCUCUCAUGUCCUGCUUUAGCUGCCUAACUGGUACCAUAGAGCUUCUCCAAGGAGCUGCACUGGGUACAGUUUCUAUAUAGCAAUGUAAAUUCAUCCUGUUUGUUGAAAUAAAUUUUGCUGCCAGGUGUGGUCACUGAUGAGAAUCUCAGUGUAAAGCAUGUACCUACUUGUGAUAAAAUGUAAAGACACAUGAAAACAUGUGUCUUGCUCCUGUUUGGGGCCAGCAAGAUGCAGUUUUCAGAGUGCAAGAAGAAAAACGCUCACCCUGCCUUUAUGUACAGUGUUAGGCUGUAGUCAAUAAAUCUAUAAUAGCUACAAAUUAAGGUCUCUUAAGAGUUUUAAAAUGUGUUUCAUAGUUUGUCCACUAAGUUUAUGUGAAAGACAAUAUUAGGAUUAAGAUCUGUGCAGUGGUAAAAGGUGCUCACAGUAAGCUAAUUAUAUUUUGGGGUAUGUGUGAUUAUCCUUCAUAAACCAUGCUGCCUGAGCCAUUUCUCUGCUGAUGGUCACUUUUUUCAUAAAGGAAUAGUUAACACACAAAUUAGUAUUUUAUAGCCAUUACCUUCUUUUCAGCCCUCUGCAGCAAAGGGGGCCAGUGAUCAAGUCUUUAGAGUUCUAAAAAUGACAACAAACAAAACAAACACAUCUAAUGGCUCUAAAGCCAGAAGAGCUUUGGUCCAAAUGUCCAGUAUUUACUUCAUUACAUAUAGAGUCCACUUGAUUAACCCAGUGACAUGAAUACAGUAGAAAUUAUGCCUGUCAAUAAUGAUACUAACUUAUGAUGGUGAAUAGAUCAACAUUUCACACGCACAAGGUGCAGCUUGUAAUGCUGAGAUAUCAAAUUGAAGGUACAAGGUUUCUGCAGUGCAUGGCGUGACUGAAAUAUAUUCUUGAUAGCAUCACA